GACUGGCUAUAUGGACAUUCGUGCAAAUGCCCGGUGGGCCGGUAUCCAAAUAGGCCGGUAGCCGGUAGGACUAGAGUAAGCAUCUUCUUUUUUUUAAAUCACGUCUGUAUUUUAUAAGAAAGAGAGAUCUGACAACCCAGCAAGUCCGACACUUCGUUUUUCAAAUUAAGGACACAGAAUAGAGCAUUAAAUUGAAAAAAUAGGAACAGAUGUGGCACAGUGUUUCAGAUUAAAAUUAACAACCAGGAACAGAUGAUCUGUCAUCUCAGUUAGGGGGGCUAGAGAUUCAAUUCAAAUAUUGCUAAGAGUUCGCCCUCCUGAUCCAAGUGAAAAAAGACUUUGCACCACGAGUUCUGGAUGUUAACACUGCAGACAAUGCCAUUAUUCUUCACACAAAGCCAGAGCCCACAAUUUUCACCUAUGACAAUGUAGCAGAUGCUGACACCACACAGUGGCUAGACUGGCUCAGGAAAAAGUUUGACUAUGUUUGCAUGGCAGUAAAAAACAGUUUUUGUGUCGCUGCUCCUUUUUAGAAAUCUAUCAAGAGCAAAUCUUUGAUCUUUUGGAUACAGCUUCACAAGGUAUUCGCUUACGUGAGAAUAUGAACAAAGGUGUCUUUGUAGAUGGACUCAUUGAGCAAGUUAUCUGCAACCCAAGAGAUGCUUAUCAGUUAAUAAUCAAGGGCUGGUUGAAUCGUAGAGUAGCUCCUACUUCCAUGAACAGAGAAGGUUUGCGCUCUCAUGCUGUUUUUACAGUUAAAUAGAGUCAUACACAACAGAAGCAGAAAGAAGGGUGAAAAUGCAAUGGCGCCUGGUGAUUAUAUAUGCCCAACCUGCGAUCGCAGCUGUGUAUCAAGGAUUGGCCUCUUUAGUCACACAAGAAGUUGCAAAGGGAAAAGAUCGUCUCUCGAGACGUAAAAUGCCACAGACAGACGAGAGUCAAAGAUCUCCAAAAAUAGAGGAUUUGAAUCUUUCUUUCAAAGAUUAUCAAAAAAUCUUUUUACAGGAGGAUUCAUUUAAGAAAUUGUAUGCUGUCAUUAGUAAACUUCAACAAGAAAAUCAAAACUUGCUGGAAAAGUUGAACUUUAUGAAUCACUUAGAGAAUUAUGAAUCUCAGCUGACAGCCAAAGAAGAAGAACUGCAAAGAGUGAACAUGACUCUUCAGAAAUUUGAAAAAGACAACAAAGUUUUACAAGCUAAGUUGAAGCACACAGAAGUUUGUGAGCAGAAAGCUCCUGAAGUGCCAAAUUUUCAAGUUAUUAAGAAAAUUGAAUCAGCCUAUAGCCGCAGGAUGGAAGAGUUCGAGAGGUUAAUCUUUGGCAAAGAUAAAAAAAGUAGCUGAGUUAUUAUUUGAAGUAGCAAAAUUAAAAGAGGAACUUCACCUUGCCAGGGAAACACAUGCAUCUGUUUUAAAAGACAGGAAUUGCAAUAAAAUGGGUGCUGAAUUUCAGAGUGCUGUGCCUAUGCAAGGAGGUGCUAUUGGUGAGCCUGGAGAGAGAAAGUCAUCUUCAGAAAAAAAUGGCUCGGUUAGAGGAAGAACUCUAAUAAAAGAAACAAAAAUGCCAGAAAUAAAGGAACAAUCUUGGAGAAGUAAAAAAAAGUGAAUGAACUAAUAACAUCCUUUUAAAGAGUCACUGUUUUGGUAAAAGCAGUAUAAAGUUUGUUUUUUUAUACCAAUCAAUGGUUAUAAUUCAAAUGAAAGCCACUUCAUUCUUCUUAAAAAAUCCAGUACAAGAGAUACAGUACUUGUAAGCAUGUCAAUGAUUGGUUGAAUCCUACUAGUAUUUGAAUAAACAUAUAUUUUAGUUUGAUGCCCAAGAUUGGCAUUGACUCUAGACAAAUAAUUGUGUUUAUACACAGUUUGACUGUAAAAGAAAUAUGUCGAGAUAUUUUUGUUAAGAUUUUUCUUAAGUUCAAGCUACUACAAUAAGUUCUACAAUGGAAUUUAAAAAGAUGUUUAUGGAAAUUGUCUUUCAUUUCACUAGCCAUUUGUUUCUCAUAAAAAUUGUGGAAUUGAAAAUGUCUGUUACAUGUGCUUCUAUAUCUAAUAUUUAUGAAAAUAUAUAUAUAUAUAUAUAUAGAAUAUCCUCUGCUUAAAAGUAUGCUUUAUUGGAAUAAGUUUGAUGUCAAUACUUGUAAUAAAAUGAACAAGAGGUGUUUCACUCUAGUAGUUUAAAUUUUCAUAAGUUAUGAACUAGAGGCCUUAAAUAAAAUUGACUACUUUUGGAUAAAUUUGUCAUCUCUGUUGAUGUACAAAUAAUGUAACUAGGCCUCAAGGUUUCCUAAAUUGAGCAAAGAGAAAGAGCAUCCACAUUUAUCUUUUUCUAGAAAGAACAAAAAUAAAGCUCAAAUAUUUCUCCUAUUUUGACACAAAUUAAGAAAAAUAAUAUGACCAUUUUUGUAGGAGCUCGCAAGGUUGAAUUUAAAGGUAGGUUAUUUAGGCAUGGUUGUAUUUUACACAACUACAACUGUAUUAAUACAUAAAUAAGCUGUCCUAUUGUAAAUAUGUACUGUACAUAAAGAAUUAGUAGAAAUAGCUAUUUGAUCUUCAUGUAUUGUCUUGAAUCCUUUUUUUUUUUUUUUUUUGUUGGUGUUUUGAUUUUUCUGAACUUAUAUGUUAAACUACUUGUAUAAUGUGUUUGUAAAUAUUCAUAUCAGAUAAUUUCUAUUGCUGUUUAUUAUGACAGUCUUAAGUUUAAGGAAGUUGGAAGUUUUUUUUAUUAUCAACACAGACCAUGAGCUCUAUUAUAACUGUCUGUCUGGUCUUUUAGUUUUUCUUUGGGUCAUCUUUGUUUCAUUGUGGCAGUCUGUAUUUAUAUUUAGUGUAUUCUUGCCAUUUUAUGCCCAUAAUUGAACCCAGACUCCUUUGGUUCAAUCCUUCUAGCACCCUUAAAUGCUUUGCAUGUAGCUGCCAAAUCUGAGAGCCAUAAUGAAGUGCUUCGAGGCCACUGCCUGGUAGAUAUGUAACUAUUUAUCUAUCACUAAUUGCAGAAGUUUGGGCCCUCUGAGUCCACCCAACUCUAAUGGGUACCUGGCAUUAGCUGAGGAAAAGUAAAGGCGGUUGGUCAUUGUGCUGGCUACAUGAUACCCUCGUUAACUGUAGGCCACAGAAUCAGAUGACCUUUACAUCAUCUGCCCUAUAGACCACAAGGUCUGAAAGGGGAACUUUACUUACUUACUUAAUUGCAGAAGUGUUGUACAUAAAAACAUUCCGUACUCAAGUUUAACUGCCAUUAGUUAGAAUCAAUAUCUUAGAUAGAAUAAGGUGUAAUUUUUAACAUUAAGCCACAGAAAUGUGACCCUACAAUGACUAUGUUACGAGUAGUAGUUGUUGUUUAUAAUUAUAGCAAUCAAUUUUUUUGUUAAAGGCCCCUAGCACUAUUAGAUCUUCAAAUUAGCUUAGUGAUAUUGUAAUAUGUGAUUUAUAUUAGCUGAUAUUUUAUUGUUUUCAUGGAUUAACAAGAAUUGGUUCUGUUACUUUUCAUAACAUUUGUCAUUACACCACAACUGAUGCCUUACUGAACAAAAUGUUCUAAUGAGUGAAAAUAAAGUUAUUUAUUUUCUAA